CAGAUGUAUAUAUAAGGCAGAGCGCUGCGCUGUCAGUUACCCUCCUGUCAUACUUACUACCUCACUGCCAUGGCGCCGGCUGCAGCGAAGAAAGGACUUCUGGAGCGCUUGGAUGCUGGAGAAAUUAUCAUUGGAGAUGGAGGAUUUGUAUUUGCUUUGGAAAAAAGAGGUUAUGUGAAAGCUGGACCUUGGACUCCAGAAGCUGCCGUGGAACAUCCAGAAGCAGUACGGCAGCUUCACAGGGAGUUCCUUAGAGCCGGGGCCAAUGUCAUGCAAACCUUUACUUUCUACGCCAGUGAAGAUAAACUGGAGAACAGAGGGAACUAUGUUGCUGAGAAGAUCAGUGGCCAGAAAGUCAAUGAAGCUGCCUGUGACAUUGCCAGGCAAGUGGCUAAUGAGGGCGAUGCCUUGGUUGCUGGAGGUGUGAGCCAAACGCCGUCAUACCUCAGUUGUAAAAGUGAGUCGGAGGUGAAGGCCAUUUUCAGGAAACAGCUGGACAUCUUUAUAAACAAAGACGUUGACUUUCUCAUUGCUGAGUACUUUGAACAUGUUGAGGAGGCCAUCUGGGCUGUUGAGGUUCUGAAAGAGUCUGGAAAACCAGUUGCCGCUUCACUGUGUAUUGGGCCAGAAGGAGAUCUGAAUGGGGUUUCACCAGGAGAAUGUGCUGUCAGGUUGGCAAAAGCUGGUGCUGAUGUUGUCGGAGUAAACUGCCACUUUGACCCAAUGAUCAGCAUCGAGACCGUGAAACUCAUGAAAGAAGGUUUGGAAGCCGCGAAUGUGAAAGCUUAUUUGAUGACACAGCCGCUUGCUUAUCACACGCCUGACUGUGGCAAACAAGGUUUUAUUGACCUGCCAGAGUUUCCUUUUGCCUUGGAACCAAGAGUCGUUACCAGAUGGGACAUCCAUAGAUAUGCCAGAGAUGCCUACAACCUUGGUGUGCAAUACAUUGGAGGUUGCUGUGGGUUUGAGCCCUACCACAUCAGGGCAAUAGCAGAGGAGCUGGCACCAGAAAGAGGCUUCUUGCCCGAGGGAUCUGAGAAGCAUGGGAGCUGGGGUAGCGGCUUGGAGAUGCACACAAAACCAUGGGUUCGAGCCAGAGCUAGACGAGAGUACUGGAAGGAGCUCCAUCCUGCCUCCGGAAGGCCAUAUUGUUCUUCCAUGUCCAAGCCAGAUGCCUGGGGAGUGACCAAAGGAGAUGCAGCCUUAAUGCAGCAAAAAGAUGCAACAACUGAAGCACAGCUCAAUGUUCUGUUUGCAAAAAAGAGCUUAAAAUCCUUCUAGGAUUUAUAUUAAUUGCUUUUGUGCAUUCAUCAUCAUUUCUUACCUUGAUUGUGCAAUUAAUACAUGCUAGUGAUUUUUUUUCUUCAUUUAACAAACUGUAAUUCCAUCUCAAAAUCGACAUUUAUGGACAAUACAUGUGCCCUCAAAAAAUAAAAUAUUUUUUUU